UUCUUCGAGAAAAAAAAACAACAACAACAACCUCCAUCUUAUUCACAAACAACAACUUGCUAGUGUGCAUGCAUAAAAAAAAAAAAGUCCGGGAUGCUCCAGAGUUCCCAGUCCACUCGGUGAACUAUGAGCCCCUCCUCCAAGACACACCUUUUCCUCCGUGGUCCUCCGGCGUUUCUUACCUUCUUUCCGCUCCUCUCAGCGUCGUUGUCUGGCUGUGAACUCUCACCCCAGCUGCUUGGGAAAUGUCACACAGGCAGGGAGGCCCGUGCUGCAGUAGGGGGGGCGUAAUAGGAAGGAAAAAAUAACAUUUUCUCCAUCUCAGCGCAUCAUUCAGCAGAGACUCUGCCGUGCAAGAGUGCCACAUCCCGCUACCAACCACCAACAGCAGCAGCAGCAGCCGCCGCCGAUAACGCACCGCAGUCUCGGUGCUCGUUUCGCAUUAAACCUGAUAUAAUAAUAAUUAAAAAAAAAAAAAAAAAACCGUGGCAGACAUGGGACAGAGCCGUCAUCCUCUCUCGAAGAUGUCCACGCAGGAGGCUUACUGGCUCGUGAAGCAGCUGCCCAGUAGAAGAUCCUGGGAUUGAGACGUGAAUCCCUUUACACCGAUGGCCUGGACUGAGUUUCAGCUGGCCUGCUGAAGCUAUGGGGAGCUGCUGGAGCUGUCUGUACAGAGACCCCAUCCGAGACAACCAUCUCACCAAAUUUAAGGUCAUCAAUGUUGAUGAUGAAGGCAACGAGCUCGGCUCUGGGAUCAUGGAGCUCACCCAGACUGAGCUCAUUCUUCACACACGCAAAAGAGACGCCAUCCGGUGGCCAUACCUCUGCCUGCGACGCUACGGCUACGACUCCAACCUGUUUUCCUUUGAGAGCGGCCGCCGCUGUCAGACAGGGCAGGGAAUCUUUGCAUUCAAGUGUUCCCGGGCUGAAGAGAUCUUCAACCUGCUCCAGGAGCUGAUGCAAUGCAACAGCAUCAAUGUGGUGGAGGAGUCAAUGAUGAUGAGUCGAAGUGGCCACACGCCAGAGAUGGACAUGUCUCGGACACCACAGACUCCCAACACUCCAGCUUUUCCCGUCCAGUCCUUUCCAAACGGAUAUCCAGGUUAUCCCAUCAGAGGGGAUUCCUCCCAACCAUCUCUUGAUGACCAUGGACACAGCCUCAUGGCUUUGGAAGACCAGACUCACACCUAUGUGAAUACUGUGAGCAUGGACGGAGAUCUUUCCAUGCGCCACUGUGUGCACUCUCUGCCUGAGGUGCGGCCUAGCGCUUUGCCCGAAACGACACGUGGAGCCAUGCCGGUCGGAGGCCAAGGGAACCCACAGUCCAACAUGAGAUGCUGUCCGCUUGAGGAGCGCAAAGACCCCCAGGUGUUCCUACAGCCGUCCUCGCAGGAGGUCAAGUUCAUGUUGGGGCCCACUCCAGCUCAGCGCCAUCUCAUGGAGAGGGAGAGGCUCGGGCACAAUCCUCACAACCUUCAGCCAGCAGAGGGUGCUACAGGUUCAGAGACGGAGGGGGACGAGCCUGGGAUGCACUUGUGCAACUCCCACUCCUAUCACCAUUUCCAUCACCACAUGCACCGGCAUCCGAGCCACGAGCACCCAGACAGCUCCCAGAGCGGCGAGCUCACCUACGAGAACAUCAACGGCCUGCGGAGCGGCCGAAAGCAGCGCCUGAGCCCCAGCAGCGUAUCGCAGUCUGUGGGCUCGAGCAGCAGCAGCAGCACUGGGGAUAGCCACUCACACUCACUGUUGCACUCACACGGCCACGGCCCUUCAUCCCUGCCGCCUCAGGGCUACGCCUGUGAGAGGGGCAUGGGCGGAGGCCACCGCCGGACAGCUCUUCUCAACUACGAAAACCUGCCCUCACUGCCACCUGUGUGGGAGUACAGCGCUUUGCAGCGGGACGAUGAGCAGGAGGAGGACGAUGAAGAUCAAGAUGAGGACGAAUAUGAAGAAGAGGAGGAUGAUUUUGACGAGUACGAGUUCUCAGAAGGCCCAGGAACGCCCAACGGGUACCACCAGGACAGUCGGGGUAUCCACCGAGACGCCCUUCAGAACUAUGUCAACACAGAGCAGGUGCAGCCGCCCCGGCUCCGGCACCCCUGCCCCCCGCAUCCUCGGGCAUGUCGACCAGACAGCGCGGGGCGAAUAUUUAGCUUUGAUUUCCGAAGGCGAUCACGUUCAGGGGUCGGAGGUUGCGAGCACGGUCACAUGCCUCCUUCGCGGCAGCUGAAUUACAUCCAGGUGGACCUGGAGGAAGAACCUCCCCGCCAAGCCCUUGGCAGCGGGGUUGGCCAGCCACAGCACCAGCGCCUACCACCCAAACAAUGUGGCCCGCCGGUACCCAGACGCAGCGAGUGCUACGCCGUAAUUGACCUGAAGAAGACCGCUGCCAUGUCCAACCUGCAGAAAGCGCUGCCCAGGGAUGAUGGGACUUCCAGAAAGACUCGCCACAACAGCACAGACCUGCCUCUGUAAAUGAAGUUCAGACUGGAGACAGAUGAAGGCCUCAUCCUCAUGUUAGCACACUGGACCCUUCACUGUCAUCCAUCCAUUCAAGCGUGGGCUGUCUAAAACGGUACAGGUACCUAAUUAGAGACUCAGUGAAAGUGAAUUGUGAAUGGAAAUGAGAAAAGUCUGAGGAGAAUUUGAAGUUAUCUUUAUUUGUCAAACAUCAGGUUAAAACUUUCUUAAGAGCAUCAAGUUUCAUAUAAAUGUACGAAGGCAGUGCCUUGCAGAAGUACUCGUGUCUCUUAAAGUUUUUCACAAUUUGAAAUCUUGUUUGAACACAAACUUAAAUGCCUUUUUGGAGGGAUUUUAUGUGAUACACCAACACAAAGUAAUACCCAACUGUGAAGGGAGUAAAAAUCAGUAUUUUUUGACAGGUUUAAAAGAUUUACAGCCUCUAACAGGCUUUCUUCCAGGUUUGAACUGGAACUAGCUCCAUCCAUCUUCUUAUCAACUCUGACCAGCUUUGCUGGUCCUACUAAGGAAAACCGUCUCCACAGCAUGAUGGUGCCACCACUCUGUUUCACAGUGAGGAUGAUGUUUUCAGGUUGAUAUAAUUUUUUUAUAUAGACCAGAAAUUUCAAUUUUGAUCUAAUUUGUCCAGAUCAGCCUAUUCCAAAUAUUUGCUGUGUCCCUCACAUGCGUUGUGUUUAGAACUUCUUGUGGCUUAAUUCUUGCAAAGCUUCCAGAAAUCACAAAUUUGUGGUGGGCAUGACUCCUCAUCAUGUGGGCAGAUCUUCCCACCUCAGCUGAGGAUCACUGCAGCGCCUCUACAUCCACAGGAGUAAAAUCAUGUUUAUACAGAGACAAAAUGAGUCACAGGUGAAAAGUAUUGAUUGAUUAGAUGACUUUGGAAGUCAGUUAGUUGCACUGAACUUUACUACCAUUGUGCUGGUCUGUCUCAUAAAAUCCCAAUGACAUGCAUUGAUUGGUUCAGGUAUGACAAAGUGUUUUGCAAGACGCUGUAUUCUUCUAAAUAUGAUGCUUUAUGCUUCGCUGUUGUCCAACAGAGGUCUUCAUUUUUGGUGGAAGAAGUCAUUGCCAUACGGUAUUUAUCAAGUUAGAUUUUACUUGCAUUUCAUUCAUGUUUUUUUUUAACAUGUAAUAUUCUAAACAUCAGAGAUGCAACAGUCAUCAGAGAGGAACCAUUGAUGGCAUGAAGGCAGGUCAACGGUUUCCUUUCUGACCGGUGUUCAUACCUCAUCACAAGCACUUAAGUCUAAUGUUGUGGCUCGUAUGUUUAUUACUGUAUGCCUAAAAAGCAUUUUGCACACAAUCCUAUGGAAUUGUAUCGAAUCAUAUUGUAGAAGCCGUCUUAACAGAGCAGAGUUUGAAAUGGGGGAGAGGGGAAACGGGAUAAAAAGAAAAGAUUGGGAGAUUUGGAGAGCGGUACUUAAUGAUGGUAAACGUAGCACACGUGGAGUAAAUCAAGUUUGGCUCUCUGCUGUUGGCAUGCAGAAAUCAAAACCGUAGCAUAUCAUCCUCAGUCACAUCUCCUGCAUAUCAUUCCUGACGCAAGGGAGGGUGGGUCCAUGCCAGUCACGUUGCACUUUUGACUUUAGGCCACUUUGUCACCACUGCAGCCACAGGUUGGGUCCUUUUUGCCACAAAAAUGGGGGCCAAAGGGACACUGUUCGACAUCAGCUUCAAUAGUUUAAUAAAGUGUUCUCGGUUAGAGACGUUGACGACCUCAAACAGUGGCAUUAAGCUGUAACCUCAUGGGAACUGAGCUAAAUCUAUGAUUUGUCAGUUAUCAGGGCUGUUUUAAAGGGAGUUUAAGCAUGUUGCAAAGUCAUAAAGUUGCUUUUUUUAAAGUUAUUUAUAAACCGUCUCAAAUAUUUAUUUAUUUAUAACAUAUUUAUUUAAUCAUUUAAAAAAAGUGUAAUUUAUUUUUCCUCCAUACAGUGACCAGCGUUUUGUAGUCCAGUAGGUAAUCUGGAGACCAAAGUUUCACCUCAAAUUAUCACUGGACUCUGGUGUAUUACUGUUAUUAAUAUGCUUAAGUAUAUUUUUGAAAAAAAAGAAAAAGAAAAAGAAUGACUGUAUUUAUAUUUUAAGUGCCAAAUUGUAAUUGCUACCAGUAGGAAGAAUUAAAAAGUAAAAUGUGCCAUAGGGAUUGUUUUUUUAUGGGGAAAUUGGGGGGAGAGAUGAGGCACAAAGUGAAAAUGGGUCAAGAGGGGUACAAAUAAAUACAACAAUCCAGUUUUUUGAAAGUUUUUCAAAUUAAAAUAAUAAAAACCACACAUUCCACCUCAUCCACAUCAAUAGCCAUGCUAAAGGGAAACACGAGAAGGAUAAUCUUUUAGUCUGAUAAUCACUGUUCUGGUGGAUUUUUGCUGCUACUUGUACAUACUAACAGUAGCCCAUAUAAGCUACAGGUACAUGUCAAAAUGAGAAAAAUAAUGUGAUGUCAGACUUUUUACCAUGUUGUCAAUAGGAGUAGUGUCGUUGUCGUCUUCUGGUU